GCGCCCCCGGCCGCCGCCGCUGGAGGCAGCGACAACGCCGGCCGAGACGCACGGCAGUAUGGGUCAAAACGACUGGCGCGUGCAACCUGACAACACCAUUCAGGUUGUUGACCCUAAAUCACCACAGAGGAAGGGCCUGGUGACCGGGGUCGAGGAGCCGCGCAAGAACUACCGCGGCAUGUUCAUCGCCUGGCUGAUCAUCUUUCUGGUGCUGCUGGCUGUGGUCAUCAGUGUAGCCAUCAUCGGCGUGCGCGACCCGCGUUACGUGCUGAUCGGGCGCCGCCUGCGGGUGCAGGACGUGCUGGAGCACAGCUUCAGGGCGUCGCCCUUCUUCGCCGCCUGGCGAGGUAACGUGCUGGUGUACAAAGACUCUACCGGGGCCCUUAUGCAAUACGAUGUUAUGAAGAACAGCUCCAAAGUGCUAUUCCAGCUACCACAGAAGGAGCAGGUGUGGCAUAUCGACACGUUGCUUUCGUCCGAUGGAAGAUACGUGCUCGAGAGAAGAAAGAUCAAGCAUGGACUGAGGGGCGCCAUCGAGGCCCAGUACUCCUUGCACGACGUUUAUGACGGUCACCAGUUCCCGGUGCUGCUGUCCCGGGACAGCCUGGAGGAUCCGUACCUGCAGAUGACGCUGUUUUCGCCGGGCCCCGCGCCGCCGCGGCUGGCCGUGGUGCACAGCGGCGACAUCUACCUGCUCUCGGCAGUGGAGAGUCCGGAGGCGGUGCGCCUGACGGAGACGGUGGCCGACGGUCCCGCCGUGCUCAACGGCGUCACCAACUGGUGGUACAGGGAGACCUUACUGAACACACCCCAGGCGAUGUGGUUUUCCCGGUCAGGCAACCAGCUGAUGUUCGUGACCUUCAACGACACAGAGCUGGAUACAGUCGACAUUCUGAGCUACCGCAAAGGGGCUGAUGCCGUCAUACGCAAAAUGGCCUAUCCCAAGAGAAAUGGGCCGUUAACGGCAAUUUCGAUCGCCGUCUGUCAUGUGGAAAAAACGUUGGCAAACAAAUCCCCAGAGAUCACCCAUCUUACCUCAGCAUUCUUGGAAAGCUCGUACCUGACGGGGGUGCAGUGGGUGGACGAGGCGACGGUGGCGGUGACGUCGAUGAGCCGUGCCCUGACCUCGGCCCAGGUCAGCCUCUGCACCGCGCCCGCCUGGCACUGCAGUGAGGUGUACGCCGCUGCCAACUGGCGGUGGGUGAGCGAACUACAGCCUGUGUUCGCCACCGGCUACUCUGAUUUCGUGGUUAAGACGGACGACACGGAAGAGCACGGGGAAGAGAUGGUGGAGGUGAUGGUGCAGGAAGGCGUCAAGAUCAGAAGCAAGGCUAGCGGACACCGGAUCGUGACACUGCAGUUCUGGGACCGGCAAGAGCACGGCAUUUACUACACGGGCGUGGAGGACACGCGGCCGUCGGAGACGCACCUGUACUGGCGGCCGGACUCCGCGGCCGGCCAGCGGGCGGGCGCCGCCUGCCUCACCUGCGGAGUCUCGACGCUGCUGGGCCGGCCCUGCAGCCGCCUGACGCCCAUCUUCGGCCCGAACAGCGACGCCCUGGCGCUGGAGUGCGCUCAGGGGCCGGUCCGGAGUCUCCACGUGCUGGAUCGAGCCGUGACGCGCCGCCUGGCCGAGCUGGACAGCAGCCGGGCCCUGGCCGAGCGCAUGGCCGUGCCGCACGUCUUCAGCGAGACGGUGUCCCUGGGCGGCGAGUACGUGCGCCUCGAGCUCAUCCUGCCGGCACUCUGGGAAGAGAAGAAGGGAGGCACCUACUUGUAUCCGUUUGUGCUUGACAUGUAA